GGAAAAAGUUGAGUAUGCAAAACUCAAAUUUACAUUACACAAAAAGGUCAUUUUUCAUUUCAGAAAAAGAGGGAAAUAUCUGGAAGUUAGUGGGGAGAAAAAGGUCAAUUGGAUAGUUACAUAGGGCAGAUAGUUAUGCACACCUUGCCCUGAAAAGGGCUUAAAUCGAAGCACCCCUAAAUAAGGGAUCACACAUAUUUUCGACCUUCUCAAGAAUACCAGUGGUGGAAAAGCUCCAUAGAUGUGCUUAUUGUGAGAAAAGCAGUCUUCAAAUCACAAGUGAUUAUGCAGGAGAGAAUUCACUCUGCAGACGAGCAGAUACAAAUGAUCUGAAUGUGGCAAAAGCUCAGGUCAGAACAGGUCAGUUUUGGUUCAUGGAAGGACCCACACAGGAGAGAUGCCCUACAAGUGCUCCCAAUGUAGUAAAUGCUUUAGCGAAACUCGCAACUUGGUGAUGCAUCCGAGGACUCACAGCAGGGAGAAGCCGUAUAACUGUCCAGAUUGUGGGAAACGUUUCAUUGCAAAUUCCCACCUCGUGAGACACCUGAGGACUCACACAGGAGAGAAACCCUUUGAAUGUCCUGUUUGUGGGAAAUGUUUCAAUCAGAAUUCCCACCUGUUGGAACACCAGAGGACACACACAGGAGAGAAACCCUUUGAAUGUUCUGAUUGUGGGAAAAGUUUCAGUCACAAUUCCAACCUGACAAGACAUCAGAGAACUCACACAGGAGAGAAACCCUUUGAAUGUCCUGAUUGUGGGAAAAGUUUCAAUCAGAAUUCUGACCUGGUGAACCAUCAGAGGACUCACACAGGAGAAAAACCCUUUGAAUGUCCAGAUUGUGGGAAAAGUUUCAGUUGGUACAGCAGCCUGCUGAUACACCAGAGGACUCACACAGAAGAUAAAUACUUUGAAUGUCAUGUUUGUGGGAAACGAUUCUAUCAGAACUCCAGCCUAGUGGAACACCACAGGACUCACACAGGGGAGAAACCCUUUGAAUGUCCUGAUUGUGGGAAAACUUUCAGUCACAACUCCAACCUGACAAAGAUGAUGCCAGAAGACCACACUGGACAACUGAGAAUGACAAGCAAUAUUGAAAAGCAAAGCAGAUUGAAGCAGAAAUAA